CUAAUUUCGCUAUAAAAUUAAACAAAAUAAUAUAUGAGAUUUUUUCAUGGAGCCUUGUUUCAAACUACCAAUUUAAAAACGUUUAUGAUAAUACUAUUCUGUUCUAUAAGCUACUUACAUAAAUUUAACUGAUGAAGUAAUUUUUUUUUCAAUAUGCUAUUUUGUCCAACGUGCGCCAACAUGCUUAUGGUGGAAGAAGGUCCUGAAGCAGCGCUAAGGUACGCCUGUAAUACGUGUCCAUAUGUUUACAAUAUCAAGAAGAAAGUUUCAUCUCGAACAUUCCCUAAAUUAAAGGAAUUAGAUUAUAUUAUGGGAGGAGCUGCCGCAUGGGAAAACGUUGAUUCAACAGAUGCUGUUUGUCCUAAGUGCGGUUAUGGUCGUGCGUACUUUAUGCAACUACAAACUCGAUCAGCUGAUGAGCCUAUGACCACGUUCUACCGUUGCUGUAAUCACAAAUGUGCUCACAACUGGAGAGAUUAAACUCAUUGCGACUAUUAACGAGUAUGAAAUUACUCAAACUUGGAUUGUAUCCUAGUUAUAUACGAAGAAAUAAAUGUCAAUCUUUAAUGAUGAGAAACACAAUGACAUCUGUCAUAUCAUGUGUAGAUUUCACUGCAAGCUUGAGGGCUGCUGAAUGCCUGGCUAAGGGCCAAGUGAUUGCUGUACCGACAGACACAAUCUAUGGAUUAGCUUGCAGUGCCAACUGUCCUCUGGCUAUCAAAAAACUUUACUCUAUAAAAGGAAGAGAGGCAGUGAAACCGGUGGCCAUAUGUGUCACUAGUGUAGCUGAUUUGAGAAAAUGGGGAGAAGCCUCUCACAUAAGUGACAAGUUAUUAGAUUCGCUACUUCCUGGUCCAGUCACAGUUGUUCUACAGAAAACUAAACACCUAGACAAUCCAUUUUUGAAUCCUUCCACUACAAAAAUAGGUAUUAGAAUACCGAAGCAUGAUUUUAUGAACACAGUUACGAAAAUAUUUGAUAUGCCAGUUGCAUUGACAAGUGCCAAUUUUAGUAAUGAACCUUCAACAUUGUCCAUCAAAGAAUUUGAACAUCUGUAUCCUCAUUUAGCAGCCAUAUUUGAUGGAGGGUUACUGAGUCAAGGUCUGGAACAGAACAGAACAGGCUCCACGGUUAUAGAUUUAUCAAAGAAUGGCCUUUAUAAAAUUAUAAGAAAGGGUAUAUCAUAUGACAAUGUUAUAAAAGUUGUUGAACGUUAUGGUUUGAAAAAAAAUAAUGAAUCUGAAAAUUCAUUAGAGAUAAAUCAACAAUUGCAGAAAUAAUGUUUUAUUUUAAAGAAAUUAUUAUGUAAGUGAAAAAAUUAAUAAAAGGUAUAUAGUGUU